AGCUGAACCGGAAACAGGGACGGGACGAAGGUUAAGAUAUUUAGAGAGAGAGAGAGAAGGAGUGAAGAAAUGGGAAAACCUCAGAAAUCUUCGGAAGCGGGAGGAGAUCUACACGCUGCAGCAAGGUCAGGUGAUCUAAUGGCGGUACAGAGAAUAUGCAGUUCUAAUCCUCUGGCAAUCAAUUCCAGAGAUAAGCACUCCAGAGCGCCGCUUCAUUUAGCAUCAUGGGCUGGUCAAGCUCAAGUUGUAGAUUACCUCUGCAAGAACAAGGCUGAUGUUGGUGCUGCAGCCAUGGAUGACAUGGGCGCCAUUCAUUUUGCAUCACAAAAGGGACAUUUAGAAGUCGUUCGCACCCUUGUUUCAUCUGGAGUCUCAAUCAAGUCUGCAAAUCGAAAGGGAAUGACAGCACUUCAUUACGCAGUCCAAGGAUCCCAUCUAGACCUAAUAAAAUACUUGGUUAAGAAAGGUGCUAAUGCCACUGAAAAGACUAAGGCCGGCAAAACUGCCCAUGAUCUCGCACCCAAUGAACAAGUUGGGUCCUUUUUAGUUGAAUGCGAGAAAUCAAAAGAAAAUAACUCUAAAUUGUCGCCAUCACAUGAAGGCGAAGAAGUUGAAAAAGAAAUUGAAAAAGAAGAAGAAAAGGGUGAUGUGAAUGAAGAUGGUGAAAUGGGUAACGGGGAUGAUGAGUCGUUGAAAAGAAAGGGAGAUGAAGAAAUUAUUGGCGAAAACUCGAGUGCCAAAAAGAAGGUAAAAGUUUCUUUGAAUCAUCUUUUGGCUUGUGAUGAUACUCAGGAUGAAGAUGAGUAAGGUAUGUGGAGAAUUUUUGAUCAAAUAGUUGGGGGAAAGAUUGUACACUAUUAUGAUUUGCUAGUGUUAUGUAUUAAAGUGAGUUUUAAU